GAGAGCUAACCCGGAAGUGAAACGUGUAUACGUCUGUGAGCGAUUGCGACGGAGAUGCCGGUUACUGGGUGACGGUCUAGGAAGCGAGUAUGAGGAAUAGAGACGCAGAGUAGCAGAAAGCUAGAAAAAGGCAGCGUUAUCGUGUAGUAUAUCGAUCGUUUAGAGAUGGCGGAAAAGUUUGAUAACCUGGAAGAACACCUGGAGAAGUUUGUAGAGAACAUCCGUCAGCUGGGGAUCAUAGUCAGUGACUUUCAGCCCAGCAGCCAGGCUGGACUUAACCAGAAGCUGAAUUUCAUGGUCGCAGGUUUACAGGAUAUUGACAAGUGUCGGCAACAGCUCCAUGACAUCACUGUACCCUUAGAAGUCUUUGAUUACAUUGAUCAAGGCCGUAACCCCCAACUUUACACAAAGGAGUGUCUCGAAAGGGCUUUGGCAAAAAACGAACAAGUAAAAGGGAAGAUUGACACAAUGAAGAAAUUCAAAAGCCUAUUAAUUCAAGAACUAACUAAAGUAUUCCCGGAAGAUAUGGCAAAGUACAAAGCAAUACGAGGUGAAGAUCAUCCGCCUUCCUAACAGCAUGACUCCUGCCUGUGUCAAGGAUUUGAAAGGACAUUAAGAGGACUACACAGAACCGAUUUUAUUCAUGUUUACUGGCAUUGAUUUUUUUUUGAGGACAGCCAUGAAAAGGUUAUGAUGACAAUGGUGAUUCAUCCUGCGCUAUACUGUUUGGAAAUUGAGUCUUUAAAGGCUGUUCCCCUGGAUUGGAAUACGUUUGAAGUGUGCUGACGUCAAGCUUUCUCCAGCCCUAUUGAGUCAGCAGUAUAUGUGCGCUGUAGCACACUGAUGAAUCAUUUUGAAUAAAGGACUGUUAUUAAACAUAAGAAUGCACAGGUACAUGUUGUAGCUAAUGGGGGGAAAAUUAUUUACUUUGAAAUAAAAGCUUAGAUUUCUGGCAAAUGAAAUGUUCAUUUCAGGAAUGCUUUUGCCUAAUGAUUGCAGGAAUCCUUACGUGUGGAAGGAUGUACAGCGAGCUGACACUCUGACUAGUAGCUAGAAUGGCUAACUAAGCCGUGGAUGGAUGGAUGGAGGGGGGGCUGGCUGAUGGAAAGAUGGCGUGGUCCUGCAAGCAGUUGUUCAUUGUCUUGCAAUCACAAUUUUUUUUUUCUCUUUUCAAGCUUUGAAACUAAAAUAUUUUCCUAUUGUCUUGUUAUGUUUGUAGUUUUGAAUUUGUUAACUUUAUCAACAUUAAGAUAAUUGUGGUGUUUUUGUUAAGCACUUUUACAAAAGAGGAAUUGACUUACACAGCUUUCACCACCAUUAAAAUUCAUUUAUGAAAGUACUUACGGCUUCGUUAUUUGAUGAUCAAUGAGUGCAGUAGUUUUGCAAUUGAUUUGUUUAAAAGUUACUGUCUUAAAGUGAUGUCUAAUGCCCCAUUUAUAGAAGAAUGUAUAUUAAUGUACUUAUUCUUAUUAGUAUAGUCAUCUGAGGGUGUACUUUCUUUUUCCCACGACUGUAUAUAUUCUUGUAUUGACUUAAACGUUGACAGCUUUGCAAAAAGGGUAUGCAACUUAUAAAUAUUGGUUAAAAAUAA